GAUCCAAAAAAAAAGAUUUGUAGAUUUUAUACCAAAAAAACUAUUAUGGGUAUUACAAAAGCUUUGAUGACUUGUUUACUCGUAGUAGUAUUAACAGUUUCGUUGUUCAAUCACAACGUUUUGACUUCAGGUGCAGAGAUAGAGAAAAUUUCAUUUGACCACUGCAAUAAUUUGUGCACGGAUACAUAUGGAUGGUUUGAAUGUCAAAAUGAUUGUGGUGAAGCAGGCUACGCAGGUUGGGGAGAGUGUGCUUCUCGUUCUCCUAAAGAGCCUAAGCGAUGUUGUUGUCAACCUAAAAAAUAACAUAGAUUCAUCAUUCCCUUAAAAGUUUGAUGGUUCUAGACUUCUAGUGUUGCAUUUGUUUUCUCUAAGAUAUUGGAUCUAAUUUGUCUGUAGUAUUUAUUUAUGACAAAUGCGAUAAUAGAUAAAUAAAAUAGUAUUUACUAUUA